AUGUCCGCCUCGCCGACGUCGUCGCUGACAGCGCACCUCCUCUCCCUGGACGAGGCCGGGGUGAAGCAGGCGACGCAGCAUCCCUUCCUCUGGUCGGCGGGCUCGCUGACCAUUUCCAACGACGCGCUCUCGGCGUGGCUGACGCAGGAUCGCCUGUACGCCAUGUGCGGCUACACGCGCCUGAUGGGCAACAUGAUCGCGCGCAUGCACGUACCGGAGCAGGAUCCCGACUCGGCCGCGUGUCGAGAGUGGAAGCAGACCUUUACCACCCUCAGCGGCGCCUUAAGCAACAUCCAUCGCGAGAUCAACUUCUUCGAGACGACGGCGGCGCGGUACGGCCUCUCGGUCUCGCGCCGACCCUCUUCGUCGUCGGAAUCGCUGGACCUCCUCAACCCGAUCACGCGAGGCUACAUCGACUACAUGGCCUCGCUCUCGUCGCACGGCUCGCACGCCGAGUGCGCCGUGCUCCUGUGGGCCAUGGAAGAGCUCUACCUGCGCGCCUGGACCUACGCCCGCACACACCUUCCCUCUCCCUCGACCGCCGAACAGGAAGCGGGCCAGAUCCAACCUAACCCGGGCGCGGCAGACGAGGCCGGGUCAGAGUCGGUCGAGCUGUCCCUCCGCACCUUCAUCCACAACUGGACCUCGGACGAGUUCCAGGCGUUCGUGCGCGACUGCAAGGCCAUCGUCGAACGUCUGCCCCAACACGAGAGGGAGGGCGACAACCUCGCCAGGCUCGAAAAGGUCUGGAGGACCGUGCUCUGGUACGAGCAGCGCUUCUGGGAUGCAAAGUAG